AUGACUUCUGACGUGGCCAGAAACCUGAGCCACCAGGCUCAGGCCAUCAACAGCAGCAGGUAUGAUGAGAGGAACCCCAGCUUCUUUGGCGUGGAUCACCCGGCGGUCCACCAGGCACCGUAUCCAGGCCAGGAGGGUUCCUCCGGUUCCACCUACACCCUGGCCAGCACUCAGAGCCAGUUCAGCUACGCCGUUGACAACUGGUUGAGAGCAGUUCCCGCCAUCUCUCCUGUGGCCACUACGGACGUCGCUGUUCAGGAUAGCGCACCACGACAAACUCAACCAACCAACAAUAAUAAUAAUUACACCAAUUCUGGAAUAUGGUACAUUCUCGCUAUGAUUCUACCCCUGGUUUCUUUGAAUAACAAUAAUAACAAUUGGACUUGGGGGUGCUCUGCGAGCACGGUUCUCCACGCAGCAGAAAUCUUCUCCACCCAAAUCAACUAUCUUCUCCGAGGAAUCCACCGGAACCUUCGGUCCUUGGUGCAAGACCAAGUGUCCAGAGAUCUCUUCGCAACUGCCAUGGACGUGGUCCUCAUAAUAUACGCGAUGGGUUUUCUUGUCAUAUCGUUGUACCAAGCGUCGAUAUUCAAUUAG